AAAAAGAAAGAGAAAAGAAAAAAUCAUAAUAGUUCUUAAAAUGUGUUGUUGAUAAUUCCCAGUUACACAGCAAUAAACACAGUUGCCAUCAAAUCCAGAGCACUUCUCAAAUCACCCCCCUUCUUUUUCCUUUCCUUUUUUUCCCCAGUUGUCCUCAUACAGGUCCUGUUCUCUUGCCCCAACUGCAGUCCUUUCUCCAUGCAGCAACCUGAGUGAUGGUGUGAAAAUGUAAAUCAGAUUGUAGUGACUUCUGUGUGACAGCCCUUCUGUGUGACUUCUCCCUAUACCUGUGAGAAAACACAAAACCCCUGUCAGGGUCUGCAGGCCUGGAAGUGAUCUAAGCUGGCUGUCUCAUCCUCCUGUGGCAGUAGCUGUGAUUCAGCACCCUCUGUCCACCUCUCCUUCCUUGAAUGUCUUCUGAAGAACCAUUCUUUUCACCCAUGUCUUUUGGGGUUAUUCUUCUGUCCAUUUUGUUCCGUGGCUAACUCCUUAGUUGCCUUACCUCAGUUUUACUCUCAUUUUCUGGAACAUGUUCCAGGUCCCCCUGUCAUUCCUCUGUGUUGCUUUUCUUCCUCUUUUCAUGAGUUUUAAGUACGCCUGCUUGUCCUGCCUGAUUCCCUGUAAUCUUCAGAAAGGGAAGAAGAUGGAAGAUGAACCGCAUCUGUAUGAAUACAGUGCUGGGUGUGGUGGUCCACGCCUUCAACUGCCACACUUGGAGGCAGAGGCAGGUGGAACUCUGUGGGCCAGGAGGCAGCCUGGUCUCUGUCUAUGGAGGAAAAACAGAGUAAAGAUUGCUCACGUUCCUUCUGUCUGAUCUUUGAGCAUCAUGAAAGACGAGCCAGAAGCAGCCGAGCUGAUUCUGCACAAUGCUCUUCGCCUGGCGUACGAGAGUGACAACAGGAAGGCCAUCACGUACACUUAUGACUUGAUGGCCAACUUAGCAUUUAUACGAGGGCAGCUUGAAAAUGCAGAACAGCUUUUUAAAGCAACAAUGAGUUACCUGCUUGGAGGAGGCAUGAAACAGGAAGACAAUGCGAUAAUUGAAAUCUCUCUGAAACUGGCCAAUAUCUAUGCUGCUCAGAAUAAACAGGAAUUUGCCCUUGCUGGCUAUGAAUUCUGCAUUUCAACUCUAGAGGGGAAAAUUGAAAGAGAAAAGGAAUUAGCAGAAGAUAUUAUGUCAGAAGAAGCAGCUAAUACUUACCUCCUCCUUGGCAUGUGUUUAGACUCUUGUGCACGCUACCUGCUAUUCUCCAAGCAGCUAUCACAGGCACAAAGGAUGUACGAAAAAGCCCUGCAGAUUUGUCAAGAAAUACAAGGAGAAAGGCACCCACAGACCAUUGUGCUGAUGAGUGACUUGGCUACUACUCUGGAUGCACAGGGCCACUUUGAUGAUGCCUACGUUUAUAUGCAGAGAGCAUCAGAUCUGGCAAGAGAGAUUAAUCACCCUGAGCUGCACAUGGUACUCAGCAAUCUGGCUGCCAUACUGAUACACAAAGAACGAUAUACACAAGCAAAGGAGAUCUACCAGGAAGCGCUGGAGCAAGCAGAGCUGAAAAGAGAUGAGGUUUCUGUUCAGCACAUCAGGGAAGAAUUGGCUGAGCUGUCAAGAAAAAGUAGACUUUUGACUUAAUUUUGUUAAACUAUACAAGUUCAUUUUGUUGUAGAAGAGGGUAACCUCUGAUAACUCAAAGGAGUAAUUGUUUCUUCAUUGUCUGGACCUCAAUCAGUGGUGUAAAUCAUUGUUGAAAUUCAACGUUCUUCAACUCAGCUUCGGUGAAGGGCAAGUUGUCGACACUGCCACUUUUUGUUUCUGAAUUUAUUUUACUUUGAGAUGGGUAUCUCUAUGUGUAGGCUGGCCUGGAAAUUGCUGUAUGCUUGAAGUUGGCCUCUAACUUGGAGUACUCCUCCCUCAGCUUCGAAAGUGCCUGGCCCUACUUUUGUUUUUAAAGGUGAAAUAGCUUUUACCCUGUACUUACUGUAUAUAAGGCGCAGUCCAUGCUCAUCUGAGAAAGUUCUAGACUACAGUUGGCCAGGUUCCUCACGAUAAUGGUCGUUACGCCUUCCGUAAGAUCUUGAUUCAUGUUUACUCUUCUCUGUCCAUCUCUGGCAAACAAGGUACUUGUAUCAUGACACAGGAGCAUUUUAGUGAGUUCUCUUACACACUAUUUUAUUGAAGCAUUGUGAGAUUUCAUGAUUGUGAGGGGGAGUGAGAAUUCUAGUUGGCCACCAUUAGGCAGCACUCACUUCUAAAGUGGAAAUGAGACACUUGGACUGCAUACCUGUUCAUAUGUAACUACUAAAAAUGUUGGUGGCAGGAGGAAUGAAGCCCUCCCUCAUCAGUGCUGUCUGAGCACUGGGCUUCCUUGUUACACAGGCACACAGUGGAGUCAGGUAAUGCUGCCAGCACCGAUGUCACCGUGCCAACAUGUAACCACUCACCUGGAUUCUAUUUAGUUCUACCUUGUUAUUUUGCAAUCUCUGCAUUCACAGCUGUGAAGUCUGAAAACAAUUAGAUUGUCUGAUGACUUUAUAACUGCCUCAGAGUAUGUGGAUGCUUUUACCUUUGCAGUCUGGCAAAUGGCCUUUUGCCUAAAGAAAGACAGUUUUUCUGGGUGCCACGAAGGAACCUUGGUGGUGUUGGCCCGCCCGUGGCAGUAGGCGGUAUGAUAGGUUUGCCAGUGUACAUGAAUUCAUGUGUUUGUGCUGGGAGAAUCUUCAUAAUAAACUAGAGACUACACAAUUGCAUGUAUUCUAAUAAUCUUUGAAUCAUAGAAAAAAUAAUGGCAGGUUACUAAGGUCCAAAUCCUCAGCGCCACACCGGAGUCUGUUGUGCGAGGAGAGCCCCA